AUGAGGAAAGCAGAUGGGGCAGGAGUGACCAACUUCAUCAAGGAAAACAUAAUCUGUAGGUUUGGCAUACCCAAGGUGAUGUUGUCUGAUAAUGGGACCCCCUUUGUAAACUGCCAUGUGGGAAUAUUACUGGACACCUACCAGAUCAAGCACCACAAGUCUACUCCAUAUUAUCCUCAAGAAAACGGACAAGCUGAGGCAACCAAUAAAACCCUCAUCCGAAUACUAAGUAAAAUGAUAGAUGAAGUAGGAGGCACGUGGUCCGAACUCUCUGUAGCACUCUGGACAUAUAGAACGUCAAAAAAAAAGCCAACUCAGGCAAUCCCAUUUUCCCUAGUGUAUAGGUCCGAAGCUAUGUUACCAGUUGAGUUGGCAGUACCCUCAGCAAGAAUAGCUAUGUCAACACACUUAGUUUCAGAUAGUAGGAAGAAUGACAUAAAGGCAGCCGAAGAAAAAAGAAAUAGGGUCUUGCGGGCAAUGGAAAAGUAUCAUCAGUCCAUAGCUCACACCUACAAUCAACCUAUUCAACACAAGGAGUUCAAUAAGGGGGACUUGGUAUGGAAAACAGUGGACGCAAUCAUGCAGAGACAACCAAUCCCCAAGUUCUCACCAAGAUGGGAAAGCCCCUACAAAGUUACUGAAGCAAGCAGUAGCGGGUAUUACAAGUUGACAAGAGUAGAUGAUGGGUUCAGAACGGGCCCUAUCAACGCUAAGUAUGUAAAGGAGUGUUUUCCUUAA